AAGCAGGCUAGUGUAUUUUGUACUAUAAUAAACACUUUGAGGAAAUACGAGCACGAUAGUUAUAAAUAAACAAUUUCAUCAUUGUUAAAUAGUUUCGGAAAAGGUAUAAUGUUUAAUCUGUCAGUGUAAGACAUUCAAAUAGGAAAGCAUGGAUAAAGCCCCGUUGCUUCCUUCGACCAACAAUUGCAAUGGAAAUGUCAUCUACAGGACGUAUAAAAAACGUUGGUAUAUGUUGGCAGUUCUAACUCUGAUUAAUUUUUCAAAUGGCAUGCUGUGGAUAACAUAUGCACCCAUUGAUGAUAAAUCUGCAGAAUACUAUGGUGUAUCAGCUUUCAAAAUCAACUGGCUAUCCCUGGUUUUCCCCAUUGCUGCUCUGCCAUUUGCUAUGGUAUCUGCUUGGUUCAUUGAUACAUAUGGUUUAAGGAAGGGGAUACUUCUGGCAGCUUUUCUUAAUGGUUUGGGUAGUUGCCUUAGAGUGCUUGGUACUAUUCGCCAUCUGUCUGAUGCCAACAGAUUUGCUAUAGCACUGAUUGGACAAAGUUUGGCAGCCAUCGCUCAAACGUUGCUGCUGCCAUCUCCACCAAAGUUGGCGGCAUUGUGGUUUGGCGAAUCAGAGCGUGUUCUGGCAAAUAUGAUUAGCUCAACAUCCAACACUGUUGGUAUUAUGCUGGCUAAUAUUUUGGCACCUGUCAUUGUCAAAACAUACAAGGAUAUUCCUGUUCUGCUGGGAAUGUUUGCAAUACCUGCUGUACUUGCUCUGAUCCUUGCUAUACCUGGUGUAACCAGCAAUAAACCUCCUACCCCACCGGCACCAUCAGCUGCACAAGAUUCUGAGACUUUUUUUGUGGGGUUAAAACAGGCAUUAAAAAGCAAGUCUUUUCUGGUGCUGAUGGUGUGUUUUGGGACAGGAAUUGGGAUGUUCAGUGCCCUAACAACCUUACUGGAACAAAUCAUUUGUGUCCAUCAUUAUAGCAAUGAAGCAGCUGGUAAUAUGGCUGCACUCGCCAUUGGAUUUGGCUUCGUGGGUGCCGGUGUUGCCAGUACAUACAUUGACAAAACAAAAAAGUUUGAGGUGGUGGCAAAGAUAUGCUAUGCCUUUGCUACAUUAUUUGUCAUAUUUUUUGCUUUGAUUUCAAGGUAUGAGAAUCAGUCCAUUUUGGUUGGAUUUUCUGUCGCUGGUUUUGGAUUUUUCGCCCUCGCCCUGCUGCCUGUGGGACUGGAGCUUGGCGUAGAGUGUACUUACCCUGUGGCUGAGGCCACUAGUGCCGCACUGCUAUGGCUGUUUGGCCAAAUAACAAUGAUUAUCAUAGUUCUGGUCGCUGGCGCACUCGGUACGACAAUUCCCGACGACAAAACGACGAGCUGUAAAUCGGGCGGCAGCAAUGACGACAUGACUAAUGCUGUCUACUUCAUGUCUGCAUUGACCGUUGUCAUUGCGGUAGUCUUCAUAUGUUUUUUCCGACCGAAAUAUCUCAGGCUGGAAGCUGAACGUAGAGGGCGAUUAUUUGAAUCAUCGGCUCGUACUUAAGGCUGUAUGCCUUUAAAACACAGAACAUUCCUCGCGCCUUCAAAAACGUUAAGUUGAAGUUUUAAAAAAAAUUAACUCAUAUACAUAUGACAUAAGUAUAUAUGAUAUUUUACAACAAGAAACACGAAGAUUAUCUUUGAUUUCAAAGGGAUGAACGCAUUUUUUUACCAUGCAGAAAAAGAUCUAAACGACUAAAUCGUUAAAAACAGGGCCGUGCUGAUCAAUAACUGCUGAUAAUUGCCAGGUUUUUAUAUGUAAUUUGGAUAAGGUCUGUGUAAAUUGAUAGGUUAACCAAUAAUUAAGAAAUGAGUGGCUAUAUUGAAGUAAUUGGUAAUGGUAUAACUAUUUAAAUAU